UGUACCCUUGAAAAGAUAUUGUAAAAAUACAAAAAGGAUAUUAAAUAUUAGAUGAGUGAGUGGCCCAGGUCCUCCAAGCUUGAAGUCGAUAGAGAAGUCUAUAUGGAAAAGGUGAAAUUCCCCAGUUUUGAAGAACUAGGAUUUGAACCGUUCCUUCAAAAACCGGAAGUACACUCCUGGUCGGACCAACGCGAACUUGCUUUACCGCAACCUCCCGCGCAACACAGCAGAGCUACUCACAGCAGCUCCUCAAACUUCCGCCUUUCAACCAGAAAGUACCUCCCAGCGGGCGUUGCCCCUCCAGGCUCAACGUAUCCGCGUGAGGAACCCCGAGACAGGGUCCACCUCGCCCAGCUUCCGCUUCCGGCCCUUCAGGCUCCGCCUCAGCGGGAAAGGCGGUGGGCGGGAGGGGGCAGAGAGCUGGGAAACUGUACGCAUCGCGCAGGCGCACCGUGGGCGACUGCAAUGGCGAUGUCGUGCCCAUUGAAUAGGUACCUGCUGCUCAUGGCGCAAGAGCACCUGGAGUUCCGCUUGCCGGAAAUAAAGUCUUUGCUUUCACUUUUUGGAGGUCAGUUCAUCAGUAGUCAGGAAACUUAUGGAAAGUCUCCUUUUUGGAUUCUUAGCAUUCCGUCAGAAGAUAUUGCCAGAAACUUAAUGAAACGAACAGUGUGUGCCAAGUCCAUAUUUGAGCUAUGGGGUCAUGGAAAAUCUCCAGAGGAGCUGUACAGUUCUCUUAAAAACUACCCUGUGGAGAAGAUGGUUCCGUUUCUACAUUCAGAUUCUACGUAUAAAAUAAAGAUUCACACAUUUAAUAAAACAUUGACACAAGAAGAAAAAGUCAAACGAAUAGAUGCACUUGAGUUUCUGCCAUUUGAAGGGAAAGUGAAUUUAAAGAAGCCACAGCAUAUAUUCUCUGUUUUGGAGGAUUAUGGUUUGGACCCAAACCGCAUCCCUGAGAAUCCACAUAAUAUCUAUUUUGGUAGAUGGAUUGCAGAUGGACAGAGAGAGCUUAUUGAGUCAUACAGUGUCAAAAAGAGACACUUUAUUGGAAAUACAAGCAUGGAUGCUGGUUUAUCAUUUAUCAUGGCCAACCAUGGAAAAGUGAAAGAGAAUGAUAUUGUCUUUGAUCCAUUUGUUGGAACAGGUGGCCUUCUGAUAGCAUCUGCUCAUUUUGGUGCUUAUGUAUAUGGGACAGACAUAGACUACAAUACAGUUCAUGGCUUAGGAAAGGCUAGUAGGAAAAACCAAAAGUGGAGAGGACCAGAUGAAAACAUUAGGGCAAAUCUUCGUCAGUAUGGUUUAGAGAAGUAUUACCUCGAUGUCCUGGUUUCAGAUGCGUCUAAACCUUCCUGGAGGAAGGGCACAUAUUUUGAUGCAAUCAUCACUGAUCCUCCAUAUGGUAUCAGAGAAUCUACGAGAAAAACAGGUUCUCAGAAGGAAAUACCGAAGGGGAUGGAAAAAUGUCCAGAAAGCCAUGUUCCUGUUUCCUUGAGUUAUCAUCUGAGUGAUAUGUUUUUUGACUUGUUAAACUUCUCAGCUGAGACCCUCGUAUUAGGUGGAAGACUAGUCUAUUGGUUACCAGUGUAUACACCAGAAUACACUGAAGAGAUGGUACCCUGGCACCCUUGCCUGAGGCUUAUUAGCAACUGUGAGCAGAAGCUUUCCAGCCACACAUCAAGGCGCUUGAUAACAAUGGAAAAGGUGAAGGAAUUUGAGAACCGGGACGAGUAUUCACAUCUGUUAAGCGAUCACUUUCUCCUAUACCAAGGUCAUAAUUCCUUCCGUGAGAAAUAUUUCAGUGGCGUUACAAAAAGAAUUGCCAAGGAAGAGAAAUUUAGCCAACAGUGAAAAUUAAGAUUUUGACAAUGGGAAGAGUAAGGAUUUAACAGGAAAGACAUCUGGAUGUGAACGUCCAUGUAUGAUACAGAUAACAUAUACUCUUUUAAAUAAUUUUAUAUAACAAAAUAAAAGCUACAAAGUAAAUUGAACAAUUCUCUUACAAUUAGCUUUGUUUUAUAGAUUAUUUUGUUGUAUGUGGUCUUUGGAACCUUAUUUAAUUUAUAUUUGUAUUUUCAAGUAUUAUGGAAAUUGAAAACAGUUAUAUUUUUGAUAAUUAAUUUGCAAGGAGAGCUGAUUUUGUUGACUUCUUAAACAGAUACCUGCCGAAUAUGUUAUAAGCAAUUAACUAACCAUGAUUAAGAAUUUAUUCAUCAGUGGGUUUGUUUAUUUGGUUUCUGAUUGUAAUUGAUUUACAGUGCCACUAAUAAAGCUUAUUGAGGAUUCCUAAAA